AUGGCCGAUCCUAUCAAAGUUGCAGCCGGCGCCUCAGUCGCGACCCCUCGCAAACCUCAGUUACCUAUUCCAGCGGGCGAUGGAGCCACGUCUCUAAAGACCGAUACUAGUGGUGACACCCUUCAUGAUGAUGAGAGCUCUGACGUUCGCUCCAGCAGCAACAGUCUCCCAACUCCCAGCAGUCCCAUCAGCCCAGCGAGCCUCAAUUUCAGUAGCCUGGCUAUCACCGGUGGUGGUGUCGAGCUCCGCAAGAACAGCGUAGACCGUUACAACAACCCCUUCGGGCGCAUGCAGAAGCAACACAACGAGUCAAGCACCUAUCGUUCCCCAGUUCGUGACUUUCGUGGCGAUCGCCAGCUAGAUGCUCCCUACGGCGUUCGUGGCGGAGGCUUUCGCCAGUCGCGAACCUGGGUAUCUCCAGACGCGCAAGUGCAGCAGGGAUUUCUUAUGGUUCGCAACGCCAUGCGCCGUCUAUUCAGAAACUCCGACGUUGCCAAGUGGAAGCUCAGUGAUUACGUUGCCCACAAGGAAGCGAUGUUAGCAUCGCAGGCGAGCAAGCUUGCCACCAAGGUUAAGAACAAGGAAGACGCCAGAGCUAUCCUAGCUCCGAUCCCAGGAGAUAUUCAGAAGGUCCUCAAUAGAUGCGGUAUCGAAGGCAACUUCGAAGACGUUGGAAACUACGGUCGCGCUCUCGGUGAGCAGACUAUCUGGUGCAACGACUGGCAGAAUGGUAAGGAUGAGAUCGCGCCCUGGCCUUCCAUGGCGGAGAUGAAGUGGGAGGGUGAUGAUCGAGCCAAGACUGGUGUUGGUCGCUUCCUUCCUCUUCCCCGUGAGGAGGGUCCUCCCGGCCUCAUGUGGAACCAGCUCCCUGUUAUCGAGCAGUAUCCCGUCGACCAGGUUUGCAAGAUCCCUACCAUGGAAGACGUCUACCUCCCUGUCGACUACAAGAUCGAAGAAGACCACGAGUACCUCUGGAGUAAAGAGCUGGGGAAGGAUAUUGACGCUUUCCUUGAGUCGUAG